GGUAAAACCUGGUGACAUCAGAUCAUGCAAGGCUACAUGCCUGCCAAAUGUGUCAGGGCACCUUGCGCCACAUUUGGGGGUGGGCCAUCCACCCAGGUUGAAACGUGACCUCCUUUUUUUUGCCGCCCCAAACACAUAUAAGUGAUGCAGGAUCAGGCCAUUAACAGAGCAGUAUUGACACUGGUCACAGUUUGGGACUUGAGCCUCUUCAGUGGACUACUACACAAUACAGACAUGGGGAUGCUAAGUGUUGAAGAGCUGGUUACCGGCAAGAAAUGUGAGCACAAGGAGCAUGGACAGUGCUUUCCAGAGCAGUCUCCGGAGGGGGAGUACGAGACGGCCGUCACCCAGGAGAAGCAGGACGAUCUGAGAUCGCACACAGGACUGCGGCCCACCUCGGUCUGCGACCAUGAGGUCACCCCCAGAACAUUAAACGUCGACAAAGCUGGCCGUCUGAAACUUGAGACUGUGGAAGACCUCUACAACAUUUUGCAGCUGAAGAAGAGGAAGAGAGUGAAGAGGGUGCCAGUUCAGCAGACUGUACCUAUCCCAGAGGUCGUGCCUGACGUAGUGGAUGAGCUGACAUUCCUGAGCGCGGCUGCAGAAAACAAACUGCCGGUGGUUGAGAAGUACCUGGAGAACGGUGGAGAUCUCAACGUCACCGACAACUUUAACCGCACGGCGCUGCACAAAGCCUGCUCCCAGGGCCACGUGGAGAUCGUGCAGAAACUCCUGGAGGCCGGGGCUUCCACUGAGAGCAAAGACAAGCUGGAUUCAACAGCCGUACACUGGGCAUGUCGGGGAGGAAGUCUGCCGGUGCUGGAGCUACUGCUAAACCACAACGCCAACCUCAGUGCCAGGGACAAGUUGCGCAGCACCCCCUUACACGUGGCGGUGAGGACUGGGCACUUUGAAUGCGCCGAGCAUCUCAUCCACUGUGGCGCGGACAUUAACUCCAAAGAUGUGGAGGGGGAUACGCCUAUGCACGAAGCUGUAAGAACAAACCGAUUCAAACUGAUCCAACUACUGCUGAUCUCUGGAGCAAACAUGAAUCUGAAGAAUUUCGAGGGAAAGACUCCAAUGGAGAACGUUCUACAGUGGCAGAACGGGGCUAAAACCAUUCUUUGUAACUUCAAGGAAGAGAAUUAGUCCAAUUACAAAUAUUUUAAAAUGUAUUGUCAGGAGGUAUGCCAUUUCAGGAACAAAAUGUGCUCCUGUAAACGUUGUGCUCCAAAGCUUUUUUUAUUGGACAUCUACUCGAGUGGAUGACAGAGAGCUUAAGAGUAUGUCAACACAAUAUUCACACAUGUGAAGUUGUGUAGCAAUUUGUCAGACCUUCAUUUUAUGGAAAAAGUGGAAAAUGACUUUCUGUCAUAGUUGUGUCCAUUGAAGUAAUGGGGUAAAGGUGAUGUGUUAAGUUACCAGUUUUGGUAGACUGCAGGGAAGGAAUGAUGAACGACCUUGAUUUACAAUUAAGAUUCAGAACCCCAUUUAGGGGCUGUGUUCCUUCAAAGCGAGGAAAGGGGAAUGUAAUGUUAGUUUUUGUUAGGAUUCAGAGAGAAAGACAUUGCAAAACAUGUUAACAUGGAAAAUGUGAACCUACUGAUAGAAAAUAUACUAAGAGUCACAAAAGCCAUAUUGUGGUCCCAGGUUUAAUGCUUGGAAAUGAAUGUUGAGAAAGGAAUACCACACCAUCUCCACUGAAAAAUACUGCACUUCUUGCAAAAAAAGAGGAAAAAUUUCAUUUUUAUGUAGAAACAUAAAGCACAUGCUGUGGUUGUGUUACUCGAGAGAGAGGUAAACAUUAUGGCAGUGCUAAGAGAUAUCAGGAAGGGAAUGCUUAACAAUUUCAUUUGACACUUGUUAGCAUUUCUAUUGAUGAUUUGUUUUUGUUUGGUGUUUCAUGCGAUAAUUUAAAAAAAACAGUAGUAUGCUUGGCUGAAAUCAAAUUACUUUUAUAUACAGACAUUGCAGGAUUUAACUGUUAUUUUAAAUGUCACAUGCACAUGCCAAAGGUAUCUCUAAACAAGAAAGGUGACAUGUGCCAGCCAGGUGUGUUUAAAAUAGAUUUUUGUGUGAUAUCUUCCAUAAGAAAGAGCAUUAAGUUUGAAUGCACUUACUGAAUUUAUUGUAUCUUUUUUACUUGAUGUGAAUUUUAUAUGUACAUUUUUUCAACUUUUUCUUCCAAUUGUAAAAUAUCUAACAGCCUCAGAGUUUUAAUAAGUGUAUUUGACUGUUUUCAAAAAUAAAAAUUAAAUUAAACCAC